CCACCAUCACAAAACGUUUUGAUGCCAGUAGACAAACAGUUUCUUUGCGAGCACUAAACUCGUUCAUCGUCGUGACCUUUCGUAUUCUACGCGCCUCAUCAAAUGUUUCGACGGGAGAAUCUAAUUUCCGGUGGUUCCCGGCUACUGGACUUGUGUCGUCACCCGAUACCGGAAACAAACGAUGCUUGCGACCGAACAAUUUUUCAUUGCAUCUAAACCAUCAUUCAUCCGAGAGUUCGAGUCAUUCACUUCGACAUGGCGUCAGCGUCGAAACCGGAAAAUGGGAUACGGACUCGGAGUGAGAGUGAGAGUCUUGGUCGUGGCGAGAGUGAUGGGGAAGUGGCGUCUAUUUUAACCAAGUGGGGAUUUGAACGGCUCUGUAAUCUGUUUGAAGACAAUAAAAUUGAUCUGGAGGUGUUUACGGUGCUGGAUGAAACAACUGCCCGGUCCUUCCUUCGACCCGGUGACUUCGUAAAAUUUUGGAAAGUAUUUGAAGCUCGGAAGGGGGAGUUGCAAGCAUGUGAUCCACCACCCACCAAGAAGCCAUGCUUAGAUCCUGUGACAACCAUUCCGGUGCCAGUUGGCGAGCCUAGCACAUCCCGAAGCAAGCCUGACAGUGCUAGUUACUUCACUCUUUCAGACGAUGAGGAAGCUGACGUAGCAUCACAUCACCCUCUAACAGACACUGCCAUUGAUGAAAUAAGACAACUGUUUAAUAGCUUUGAAGGUCAGGUGCUACUUUCUACAUCAGAGCUCACUGAUUCAGACCGGGAUUCCAUUGCGCAAAUUGUGAUUUGCAACGAACUUCGAAAGAAUAAGCCUAAUGGACACAUCAAACGUGCACGACUAAUUCAGCUUUCUAGGAUAAUAACAAGCAUUUUCAAAGAUGAAUCAAAAGAGAUUUAUUACGUGCCAUACACAAAAGUAAACUUGGUGGUCUAUGCUGCCAAAGGGAAAUUGAUCAGUCAGUACUAUAGUUGGAGAAAAAAGGGUGUGGCUGCCAAAGUUUUAAAUGACAUCAGAACUGUAAAAUGGAAUCCUGCAAGCCCUGACUCAUUAAUGACAGCAGAUGUGGAAUUAUCUGUUAAAUGGCUAAAAGUCAAUUUAGGACCACAGUCUGUUGUUGAGGCCCACUGGGACAAAACGUUUGCCCAUCGUAUUAGCUUGCUGGAUAUCAAGAGGAAAGAUAAAAUUUCAAUAGCAGAGUACUACUCUUCUUUCCCUGUGCUUCGCCAACCAUGGGGUUAUAGUCUGCUUCUACAAGAUUACAACAAACUGUUUGAUGGCACUCAAAAUAAUUUUGCUUCAAAUUGGAAAGGGUUUGCCCUGAAACUUACUGAGAAGCUAAAAAAGAUUAAAGGAUUACUUGUUGACCAUUUGGAUAGCUUUAUUCAGCAAGAGCAAGAAGUCAAUGUGUGCCACCAUUUCCUGAUGCUCUUUGCUCACUUGUUCCCACCUCAAGUUGUUGUGCGAGGAAGGAAGCCAAAUAACUGGACAGCAACAAAAGCUGAAAUGCAGCAGGGGUUUCUGCUUCAUGUCAAAACUGAAGAAGAGUUGCAUGUAUUUAUAGCUAACAAGUUGAAACGUCUCAGAUCCUUUAAAAAAGUGCUUCAAUUCCAGCCGUUUCCAGUUAUUGUGGGCAAAGAUCUUCGCUCUGUUGAACAGUCUCUUGUUGUGGUGGAACCAACUCAGUUUUAUGUUGUUGAGUCACCUUCUGCAGCUGUAGAUAUUUGUUUCAAAAUCUACCAGUCACUUGUUGUUGACUACCCUUCAGAGAGCAAGGGAAUGUGGCGUGUAAUCCAGCAAUGUGUUUUUCAUGUCACAACUGAGUUUGAUGAAGUGAUACCUUCUCUGAUUCCUCUACUGAAGUACUUUACUUCUACUGUUUAGUUCUGUUUAGCCUCAUU